CUAAUAAAUACCAUCCUUCCCCUCUCCCCUUCUUCCAUAUACCCCAUUUCUUCUUCUUCAAUUCUUGUUUUUGUGGCAAAUACAUGGCAAGCUCAAGGACUGUUUGUGUAAUGGAUGCUUCCGGCCACCUUGGCUCCGCCCUUGUCCACUUGCUCUUACAUAGAGGCUACACUGUUCAUGCUGCCCUUCAACCCCAUCCAAAUGGGUUCCAAUCAGUUGAGGAGCUGUUGCCUAGUAGUAAUAAAAAUUUGAAGAUAUUCGAUGCAGACCCUUUUGAUUACCACAGCAUUACAGCUGCAUUGAAGGGAUGUUGUGGUUUAUUCUACUGCUUUCAGCCUCCAUCUGACCAUUCUACUUAUGAUGAAUUCAUGGCGGAAAUUGAGGCGAGAGCUGCACACAAUGUGUUGGAAGCAUGUGCUCAAACAGAUACAAUAGAGAAGGUGGUUUUCACAUCCUCCGUAACCGCCGUCAUAUGGAACGAAAGUCGAACUGGUUCCGACCUGGACGAAAAGAACUGGACCGACAUCAAUUUUUGCAAGAAGUUUAAGUUAUGGCAUGCACUGUCGAAAACGUUGGCGGAAAAGUCAGCUUGGGCACUGGCAAUGGACCGAGACAUAAACAUGGUGACCAUUAAUGGAGGAUUGUUGAUGACGCCUGGCCUAACCAUCACAAAUCCAUAUCUAAAAGGAGCAGCUGAGAUGUAUGAAGAUGGGGUAUUUGUUACAGUGGAUCUAAGGUUCAUAGCCGACGCUCAUAUUUGUGUGUUCGAAGAUGUAUCAUCGUAUGGACGAUAUCUAUGCUUCAACCAUGUAAUCAAUUGCAGCCAUGAUGCUGAUAAACUUGCUCAAAUGCUAUUACCAUCCUCUGAUCCUUCACCUCCUCAAAGUUGGGAGAAGGCGAGCAUCUACCAUCAAAGAAUAAGCAAUAAGAAGUUGAACAAUUUGAUGAUGGAGUUUGAGAAUGAUCAACUUUUAAGCAAUUGAUUUAUGGAUUGCUGCCUUUAUUGUUUUAGAGAAUAUUAUGUUACUCAGACACAGACGAUGUAUUUACCACAUAUCGAAUACGGGUAUUUUAGGGAAAAAAAUAAGUCUUUGUAACAUAGGUUACAAAAAUUUAGGAUAUCCUCCAAUUUUUUAUAUUCUUUAAAGAUUUGAAAUUGUUUGAAUUUAGUAGUCAAAAGAUUUUACUCAUUCAA